GGCGAGACUCGCAGAACCACACUCGUUAGCAGCCGCCUGGGGAUAACAUGGCAAAUUUGCUCCUGGUGCUCUCAGCUGUGUCACUUGUUCUCACUCUGUGCUGGGGAGACAUGGAUUGUUGGGAUUUCCUCGUAUCUGGACCCCAGGGAGUCCCAGACUCUGCCAUAUCAGCCUCGUCUUAUCAUCCUUAUAACAGCAAUGGUCAUCACAACCAAGCCUGUAGCCGCCUAUAUAUGUACAAAGAGAGGGCGUCGAGCGGAUGUGCGGCCCCUAAUAUCGGAGCAUGGUGUAGCAACGCCGGAUACACAAUACCGCAUAUCCAGGUGGAAUUCGCUGAUCUCAAAAAGAUCGUUGGUGUCGUAGUACAACAACGAUUACAUCCAAACGUGUUAAAUAAUAACCUCCGAACCUAUCAAGUUUUGUACAGUCAGAACGGAGUGGACUGGGAGUAUGUGCAGUCAGAGGGCGUCACACAGACGUUCUACGGUCCAGCAGAUUCGGCGGAUGAGAACACAGAGGAACACGGUAGCAUAAGUCCACCCGUCGUGGCCCGGUACAUUCGUAUCAGGGCACUCACCUGGACUGGCUCAGCACCUACACCACCGUGUCUACGGUUUGACGUGAUCGGUUGUACUCACGUUCUCAAUGCCACCAAUACCAGAAGUCGCCGGUUUGCUUACCUUAAUUUACCGGGAGGAUCCAUCAGUGACGCUGAAGUGAUGACGCAAGGACAUGCCAAACAUCUUGGGGAGUGUAGUCUUCGGUGUCACCGUGACGUCACGUGUCGCUCAUUCUCCUACAGCGACGGGUACAAAGAUUGCAAAACAUACAGUGUCAACAAAUACAGUCAGCUGAAGUCGGGGGCUGGCGUGCAGUCGAUAUUGGAUAAACAAUAUCUCUACUUCUUUGAUAUGACUAACGUAGGCCUGUACAUGACAACUGACCCGACAACCGAACUGAUUUACAAAGUCAUCACACGGAGGUUCAGCAAGGAGGACGCCAUGACAGCUUGUGCUGGUCUCGAGAUGAGACUUCUAGUGGUCAAUUCUGUGGACAAACUCAACCUUUUACAGCGAGUAACGUCGUCAAGUCUCAUACUUGAAUAUGGAUCCAUGAGGGUGAGUGGAGGUUUGUAUGAGGUGGACGGGGUGACGAAAUGGUGGGACGGGGGAGACCCACCUCAGCCUCUCAAUGACGAACUGGUGGAUUGGGACACAACGGUGACCAAUGCCAUUGAAGAGUGUCUAGUCUAUAAUACAAAUGCACUUCGCCGAGGCUCCUGUACAUCAGAACUGUUCUCGAUCUGUGAAAUGUGAUUUAAAGGAUACUUUCAAACACAUAGUUUAUUUCACCACAGUGGUUCAAUGCCGUCUUUUCGUAUUGCAGAGUUAUCUGCUCUUGUGAGCAGGUAUUGAUUGUUACGUCAUUUGUUUGUGAGAGUAAC